UUUUGGGCGCAUUCAUCGAAUUGACCUAAAAAAGUGAACACCCGAGUCCGCUAUUCCUUUAUCCUUCCGCUAAUCCCCAUGUCCUCCUCAUCCAUGACCUCCUCUCCAUUCACUGCAGCCAACGCAAUCAUCUCCUCCUGGAGGGAUGCACUCUCGCUCACGCCCGCAGAGCUGCGCCCGAUCCUUAUCGUAAGGACCCCUCGUUGUCUCUCAGUCAUUUCAGGCGCAUAUCACCCAGCCCCUCGGCUCACCUCUCCAUGCUCAAUUGUGAUCUUCUAGGCGUGCACUGUCACUGCAGCCAACUACCCCAAGAUCUUAGUUCCACUGGUCCACCAAGUUCUCACCGAUAUUAGCACUAAGUCCUUGAUGGCACCGUCCAUCAAGGCUCCAUCUUCUGCGGCCACUUCGGGACCGCUGGACGAAGCAAUCCCCUCCGGUUCCCCCUUUGCAGAGCAAGUCCGGUUCAUCCGCAGACUUAGAGAGGCACUAUACAAGGUCUCUGUCCUGUGCGGUGGGCCUUAUACCAUCAAUGCCCUUGGCGCCGUUAAUUUUGCGCUUGAUCCAGAGCUUUCUGCAGCUGUCAAUGAAUAUGGACCCGUGCGCGGAGCAGAGAACGCCGCAACCCCCGACAUGUAUUAUCAACGAGGAAGGAAUCUCUUCCAAACCAUUUAUCAACAUCACACUGAGCCGAUUUUGACAAAAAUCGGAGCAAGCAGCCAGGACCUGGUCCAAAGUAUUUUGCAAGACACUUAUGGAAAGGUCUUGAGUGACACUUCCUUGAUCUCGACGCCGGAGACGGAGCUGUGUCUCGUAGCUACGCUUGUAGCGCAGAAUGUGCCUCCACAAUUGAAGAGCCAUGUUUAUGGUGCCCGAAACGUAGGAGUGCCAAUGGAGCAGAUUCAGCAGCUUGUGGUCGUCGCCGAAUCGAUUACUCAGUGGGUCCAUAGUCAGAUGAACGACAAAAGCUCGCUAUAACCAGACCACAUUGUGUCUUUAAGAUUUUUUUUUUUUUUUUUGGUAUCUACAUCGGCUAUCGUGGCCAGUUAUUUUAUUAAUAAAACUCAUCGAACGGACGAGU